AUGCCGAGAUUAGGGGCUUUGAGAUGCAUAAAUUCAUUCUUGGAAGUUUUUGGUACAAACAUAAAUGAUUUUAGUCUGGUAGAUUUUGACGUCAUUGUGAAUGAUGCUAAUGUGUUAGCAAACAUGAUUUUAGAAGAGACUAUAAAUAUUAAUGUUCAGUGUGACGUGCAUUUUACAGAGAAUUUAAAUAAGGAACAACAAUCUGCCUAUGAUGCAUUACUUGCUGCAGUACGAUCUCGACAACUUAUUGCAUUAGCGACAGCGUCAUCGGGAGUGGCUGCUUCUUUAUUGCCGGCUGGGAGAACUGGUCAUUCACGUUUUAAAAUCCCACUUCAAGCAAGUUAUGAUAUGCGAUGUUCAGUAAGUAAACAAUCAUCACUAGGUCAACUUUUACAAAUAACAAAGCUAAUUGUGUGGGAUGAAGCACCGAUGAUUAAUAGAUGUGCUUUUGAAACUUUGGAUAAAAUGUUAAAAGAUAUUACUGAAUGUGAAUUGCCAUUUGGUGGAAAGGUUGUUUUGUUCGGAGGAGAUUUUCGACAAGUGUUGCUAGUAGUACAAAGAGGAACAAAAGAUGGCCAGUUUAGUUUUUUCAGAUUUAUGGCAAUAUUUUAUACAACUACCAUUGACUGA